GUCCCAGGGAGAGGACUCUUCUAGGAUCUCCAUGGAGAUUGAAAACUUAAGGUUUCAGUUAGCUAUGAAAAAGAAAGAGCUUCAGUACUCUCAGGAGAACAAGAAGCUGAGGGCAGAGCUGGCUCUGAGGGCAAAAGACAUGGAGCAUCUAAUCAAGGAAAAUGAGGAGCUAAAAGCCCAGAACGAGGUCCUCCAAAACAAAGAGAACAAGAAGCUGAGGGCAGAUCUGGCUCUGAAGGCAAAAGACAUGGAGAAUCUAAUCAAGGAAAAUGAGAAGCUAAAAGCCGAGAACGAGGUCCUCCUAAGCAAAAUAUGGGACCUGUAAAUUAUGGUAUUUCAAAUUUCAAGUUACACUUCAGGUCCUGUAAUGAACAUGUCUUUCAUGACUACCGCAACUGCCCUAAGAGGCGACAAGCUGCUAGUUCCCCUGAAGAAGAGGACGGAGAGGACUCACUCUACUAGGCUGCAGCCUGUUCACCGCAUCCCUUUUGCACCCAAGCAUCGGUCUGUUGAUACCCAGGAGUUUGCAGUGUCUUUUGUUCCUUGUAGUGAAGGUGGAGCUUACUCUAGUGUCAGGUAGCAGUAUAACUAGUGGAUUUGCAGCAGAACAUGAAGAUGUAUGCAUCUGAUCAGUCGCCGUUUUAUGUUAGUGUUUGUGAUGUUUAUGGUUAUCUAAAUCAGGAGCUUCCGUACAAUUAUUACGCCCUGGACUUUCUGGUUUAAU